GCAGUGUGUGUUUUUGGUGAGAACUGCUGGAGUGUGACCUACUCAGACAGAAGAGUCUGUGCUUUGGAGGGGUCAUCAGUGGACUUUCCCUGCACUUACUCAUAUCCCAGAGAUCAGACAGUUACUGAAACAUUCUGGUAUUACUAUUGGCCUAAAAAUGAUGUGAGUGUGGACGAGCGGUUUGCUGGUCGAGUGGAUGUUCUUGGAGAUAAAGAGAGAAGCUGCACUCUGAGAAUGAGAAAUGUUAGAAAGAGUGACUCUCGAAAAUAUCACUUUCAGUUCAUCACUAACACUGCUGAAGAAUUCACUGGUAAACCUGGAGUUAUUCUGAGCGUUACAGAUCUUCAGGUGAUGAUGAGUCCCUCCACUCCAUCAGAAGGACAGAUAGUAGCACUGAGCUGCAUCUCCACCUGCACUCUGCCCAACAACCCCACUUACAUCUGGUACAAGAACGGACAGCCUGUAACUAACAAACCCACCAGAUACAACAAGCUCUAUCUGGAGUCAGCAAGCACUGAGGAUGUUCUCCAGUAUUCUUGUGCUUUAGGAGAAUCUGCCAAAGGUUCUGAAGCUCCUGAAGAUGUAGAGGAGAGCUCAGUGUUAAAAUUUGUCAUGGUGGGAUCAUCAGUCUUUCUGGCUUUAAUCAUCACCACAGGAUGGAUGUGGCGGUGGAAUAUGAUCAGAAGAAAGGGAGGAGCAGAAAACGAAGCAGAUGUUCAGACUCCAAAUCCCACCACUAUGUCCUCAGAUUACAAUACUCUGACACAUGUUAGAGACUUUCCCAAUGACUCCUACACAGUUCUAAAGCCCACCACCAUGUCCUCGUAUUACAACAUUCUGACACAUCACAGAGACUCUCCCAGGGAUGCCUACACAACUCUAAAUCCCACCACCAUGUCCUCAGAUUAUGACACUCUGACAGAUGUUAGAAGCUCUUCCAGUGAGAUGUACUCAUCCCUGAACGCUGCAACCAUGAUGUCUGAUUAUGACACUCUGACACAUGUUAGAAGCUCUUCCAGUGAGAUGUACUCAUCCCUGAACUCUGCAACCAUGAUGUCUGAUUACGACACUCUGACAACAGCUGAGUGUGGACUCAGCCAAGGUCACGGCUAUUAUGGACAGGCCGUGCCACAGUUCUGUCUGCCUGCUAUCCAACACUUUCUGGGCUGCACCAACUUCUUCUGGCUGUUGCGCAGAGACACCACAGUGACGUCUUCACCUCAAAUCAAAGGCAUCCGUCGUCGGCUGAACAAUCACAUCUGA